GAUAUUUUGUCAUGCUGAGCCAAACAAAACCCCAGUGGUCUGCGACUAGUGGCUAGUUGACCGCUCAUCGGACAACAUGAACCGGGCACUUAGAAAGUCUCAGUCUCUGCGUUGCUGUUCGGUCCUCGAAGUGAAAAGUAAAUAUGGUGCAGAAUUCAGGAGGUUUUCCCUGGACCGCUUUGAGCCUGGCAGGUAUAAAGACUUCCACAGGCUCAUUGUGCGUUUACAUCACUUAUGGCGAAUGGAUGUCCUUAUCGGCUAUGCGGAUGUCCAAGGUGACCUGCUGCCCAUCAAUAACGAUGACAACUUUUGCAAAGCUGUGACCUCCACACAAUCUUUACUGCGUAUCUUCAUUCAGCUUCAAGAGGAAGCUGACCAGGAUCUCCCAGUUGCCGAAGACACAAUAAAGCGAAAGAAACCUGUCAGCCAGAGAAAAUCACCAUUUCAGAUCAGCAUGCCACAAAACUUCCGCCCUGUUUCUUCCAUCAUUGACGUUGACAUCUUACCAGAAUGUCAUCGAAGAGUACGUCUAUACCGCCAGGGCUCGGACAGACCUCUUGGCUUCUACAUUCGCGACGGUACCACUGUCAGGGUUACUCCUUAUGGUCUGGAAAAGGUUCCGGGCAUCUUUAUCUCACGCAUAGUACCUGGUGGACUGGCGGCUUGCACGGGACUGCUGGCCAUCAAUGACCAGGUCCUGGAAGUGAAUGGUAUUGAGGUUAUGGGGAAGUCUUUGGAUCAGGUAACCGACAUGAUGAUCGCCAACAGCCAUAAUCUCAUCAUCACAGUGAAACCUGCAAACCAGCAUAACAACAUAAGGAGAAAAAGCUGCAUUUCCUCAAGUUCGGGACACUAUUUUGAUAGUACGCACUCUAUAAGUUAUCCAGGGCUGCCUAUGAUAAUGAAAGCUUAUGGUUUCGGUAAUGGCUCUGAGAGUGAAGAAGAUGUAGACGUGGUUCUAGAGAGCCCCAUCAAACACCGGUCCCGACAUUCGGGUGCUUCAUCCAGCUCUUAUUCUUCUCAGCCACAUGUUAAUACUUCAUACAGGCCUCAAGUUUCUGCCAGACAUCCCAACUCGCUCAUUUCAGCAGCGGCCUAUCAUUCUCAGCCUUGCCUCGCCUAUACAGCUCACACUGACCAUAGCGUCCCUCUUCACAGGAAUCGGACCUCCCAACAGCAUUUUGCCUGUAAUCCAGCCAUCAGAAAGGGAAGCUCCAGUACCCAUGAUAUUCUAGACACAUGGCACGUAGAUCUGAGUCGCCAUUUACAGUUGCCCCAGGGGGCAAUGGAGGAAGAUGGAAUUGUUGUUAUUUUGUAAAAGAUAAACACCACCCAUUUUAAACUCUGCGCUACUGGUGUAUUAGGUAGUAGUACUAGGUUUUUAAUGGUAACUUUAAAAGAGGACAUAUCAUGAAAAUAUGACUUUUUUCAUGUUUAAGUGCUAUAAUCGGUGCAUGCGGUCCCUGGUGCAUUUAACAAUCCAUAAAAUGUGAAAAAGGACAAACCGGUAACUGUUUUGGUAAGCCUUUCUCUGCAUGUGAAAAACAAGCCGCUCAGAUUUUGCUCCCCUAGUGAUGUAGCAAGGGGAUCUUAUUAUAAUAUUACUGCCCCUUAAUCUGCACGUCUCCACCCACGCCACCACCGCCAUUUCGUUUUUUGCGAUUUCUUUCUCAGCUGUUUACCCUUUAAGGCAUAACCGACUGUGUUUUUAUAACUUAAGUGUGUUUUUAACAUAAACUUCUGUGUAUUUGACAGUUUAAGCACAAUAAGACAUGAAAGAGAACUUAGUUUAGUACUCAUGUGCCGUGUGACAGCCGCUUUCUGUUGCGCUCAGAAAACCGUAUGUCAGAAGUUUAAACUGAUAUGGCUUUAAAAUGCAUGAUUUCAGCGUGAUAGACAUGAUAAUCAAAACCAAACAGAUGUUUUUUUGGCAGAGUAUCUGAAGUAUGAGCUGUAAAGGCACAGCCUUAUUCUAGAAAAGGGGGCGGAGAGCAGCAGCUCAUUUGCAUUUAAAGAGACAUGCACGAAAACAGCGUGGUUCUGCUUCCACUCAAAAAAGGCAUUUUCAAAAUGAUAUAAUUAAUGAUCUGUGGGUAUUUUGCGCUGAAAAUUCACAGACACAUUCUGUGAACACCUGAGACAUAUAUAUUGUUAAAAGGGGCACAAUAGGUGCCCUUUAAGAUUACUAUAGAUUCUCAAUGUAAAGGGAAUUUUUUGUUAUCCAUCAUAAAAAUAUGCCCUGAAAAACCUUAGAUCGCUCUCCUAAAUAUUAAAACUCUUUCAUCCUUUACUCACCCUGGUGUUGUUCAUAAUCUGUAUGAUUUUCUUACUUCUUUGGAACAUAAAUGAAGACUUUUUGAAAAAUGUUGGUAAUCAAACGGUCAAUGUCAGUGGUGACUAUUGACUACUUUAUGUAGUAUAAACAUAAAUAAAAACCCCAGUAAAUUUAGAUUAAUAUGUGUUGAUUAAAUGUGUUAAACCAACAUAAUUGAAUCUCUUACAAUUUAUGGAUAUUAACACAUAAAUGUAUAGUGUUUUUCUAUCAUACGUAGCAUAUGGUUCCUUACAAAAAGUUAUAUAUUAGAAAUUCCUUGUUUCAUAUCACACAACAUACCACUUAAAGUGGAAUGCACAAAGCAAAAUAAAAU